CGCACGAGCCCCAAAAGUUGGUACUGGUUGCCUAACUUUGUCACGAUCUCUACGCAUUUCCUGUUGACGACCCCCAUCUACUAUCGUUGCUAUUUCAGCCGUUUUCGCCUUCCUCUCAUAUAUUAGUUACCUGAAUUGCCCAGCAAUAUGCGUGUGUCUGCUGUCCUUGCCUGUGUUCUUGCUGCCAUUGCCAUGCCCGCGAUGGCCUACUCGAGCGACGACUUGUACGCUCGUGACGGGGGCCAUCAUGCAUUUGACGACCACCACCGCCUGGGCCACUAUUCCCAUCACGACUAUCGCCCGAUGCAUUACGAGGGCCCGCACUACCACCACUCGUCGCACCACCAUGAGCGUCCGCACCACCUCUCGCACUUCCACGAGGACCACCAUCCGACGCACGGAUAUCACGGACACUUCCAACGUCCGCACCACCACUACGGCGACAUUCACCGUCCCUCGCACCACUAUAAGGGAUAUGGACGUCGCCCGCACCGUCAUGCUCAGAACACGCAUCACUACUCUGGCCACUACCGAUAUGAGCGUAGUGACCCUUGCAGCAACUCCGAGGCGCUGCGGGCAUUGGUUGCUCAGUCCGGACUGGACCCGUCCACAGUGUGAGGUAACGUGCAAGACUUAAGUCGUGUGCUUAAGAAGAGAAAGAGCGAAGAGAUCAAGAUUGCUAGAUUUAAGCCGACAUGUAGUUUGUUUCGUCAUUUAUCACCCAAAUGUGAUGGUCUUGUGAGGAGCUCACCAAUCA